AUAUAAUAUAUUUUUUAAUAUGCAAUUAGCAUUAGCAGCUAAAUACAUCGGUGCCUCUAUCGCCACUUUAGGAUUAGGAGGUGCAGCUAUCGGUAUCGCUUUAGUUUUCGUAGCUUUAAUUAACGGAACUUCAAGAAACCCAUCACUUAGAGCCACUUUAUUCCCACAAGCCAUUUUAGGAUUUGCUUUAGCCGAAGCCUGUCAAUUAUCGGUGACCAAUCUUUAUCAAAAUAAAGAUUAG